AUGGCAGAGGCGUCGCCCCCCGCCCCGCUGUCGCCCCUGGACGUGGAGCUGGACCCCGAGUUCGAGCCGCAGAGCCGCCCCCGUUCCUGCACCUGGCCCCUGCAGAGGCCCGAGCUGCAGGCCAGCCCCGCCAAACCCGCCGGCGAGCCGCCCGCCGACGCCGCCUCCAUGAUCCCCGAAGAGGAGGACGACGAGGAGGAGGGGGGCGGCUCGGCCAUGGCCCUCGGCAACGCGGCCCCCGCCGGCGGAGAAGCGGCGGCGGCGGCGGCCACCGCCGUCCCGGAGGAGGCGGCGCGGCUGCUGGCCCCGCUGCCCGGGGGCGGCCCGGAGGGGCCGAGCCCCUCGCCGGGGGGAGCGGCGGCGGCGGGCGGCGGGGGGCUGAGCGGGGGCCCGGCGGCGGCGGCGGCGCCGAGGAAGUGCUCGUCGCGGCGCAACGCGUGGGGCAACCUCUCCUACGCCGACCUCAUCACCCGCGCCAUCGAGAGCUCCCCGGAGAAGCGCCUCACCCUCUCCCAGAUCUACGACUGGAUGGUCCGCUGCGUGCCCUACUUCAAGGACAAGGGCGACAGCAACAGCUCGGCCGGCUGGAAGAACUCAAUCCGGCACAAUUUGUCACUCCACAGCCGAUUCGUCAGGGUGCAGAAUGAAGGCACUGGGAAAAGCUCCUGGUGGAUGAUCAAUCCAGACGGUGGAAAAGGUGGCAAGGCUCCCCGGAGACGCGCUGUGUCGAUGGACAACAGCAACAAGUACACAAAGAGCAGAGGACGGGCGGCUAAGAAAAAGGCAGCCCUGCAGACUGCCCAGGAGACGAGUGAGGACAGCCCUGCUCAGCUCUCCAAGUGGCCAGGGAGUCCCACGUCCCGCAGCAGCGAUGAGCUGGAUGCGUGGACAGAUUUUCGCUCCCGUACAAAUUCAAACGCCAGUACUAUCAGUGGCCGCUUGUCACCAAUUUUGGCAAGCACUGAACUAGAUGAUGUUCAAGAUGAUGACGCUCCACUUUCUCCCAUGCUGUACAGUAGUCCUUCAAGCUUGUCCCCAUCAGUAAACAAACCGUGUACUGUGGAAUUGCCUAGGUUGACUGAUAUGGCUGGGACAAUGAAUUUGAACGAUGGACUGACAGAUAAUCUCAUGGAUGAUCUCUUGGACAAUAUAACACUCCCUCCCUCCCAGCAGUCGCCCACAGGAGGGAUAAUGCAGAGAAGCUCCAGUUUUCCAUAUGGUUCCAAAGGUUCAGGGCUGGGUUCCCCAUCAAGUAGUUUCAACAGCACCGUGUUUGGGCCGUCGUCCCUGAAUUCCCUUCGCCAGUCGCCCAUGCAGACCAUUCAGGAGAACAAGCAGGCCACCUUCUCUUCCAUUUCUCAUUACAACAACCAGACGCUGCAGGAUCUCCUCGCCUCUGAUGCACUUAGUCACAGCGAUGUCAUGAUGACACAGUCUGACCCACUCAUGUCGCAAGCCAGCACAGCUGUGUCCGCCCAGAAUUCCCGCAGGAAUAUAAUGCUCCGCAACGACCCCAUGAUGUCGUUUGCCGCGCAGUCCAGCCAGGGCGGUCUGGUCAAUCAGAGCCUGCCUCAUCACCAGCACCAGUCCCAUAACUCCUCUCUUAGUGGCAGCCGUGCCUUGUCCAAUUCCAUCAGUAACAUAGGCUUGAGUGACUCAAACAGCUUGGGAUCCACCAAACUUCAGCAGUCACCUGUCAAUCAGUCUAUGCAAACACUUUCUGACCCACUCUCAGGCUCCUCUUUGUACUCCUCUAGCGUGAACCUCCCGGUCAUGGGACACGAGAAAUUCCCAAGUGACUUGGACUUGGAUAUUUUCAAUGGGAGCUUGGAGUGUGACAUGGAGUCCAUUAUCCGCAGUGAACUCAUGGAUGCAGAUGGGCUGGAUUUUAACUUUGAUUCCCUCAUCUCAGCUCAGAACGUUGUCAGUCUGAAUGUGGGGAACUUCACUGGUGCUAAACAGGCGUCAUCACAGAGUUGGGUACCAGGCUGAAGGAUCUUUGAGAACAGGGAAAAAGGGCAAACAGGCCCUCAAACUGACACGAGAUGUAGAGAGAGAACCC